UUAGGGUUUUGAACUUUUAAAAGGGAUUCUCUCGUUUUCUUCUAUCUAGUAGAAUCUUUACAUCACUUCAAUGGUUGAUCAAGGAUUUAAGAGGUUUGGUUGGGUGGUGAAAGACUUGCGACGGGCGUGUUGCUCUGUUCCAAUCCAAAUUGGUGACGCUAACUGGCGUCUUGUUGCUAAUCCCAACGGAAACCGCCAAGCUGAUCACUUUUCUCUGUAUCUGGAAGUUAUUAUGGAACCAUUGCCUAGUGGAUGGAGAAGAUACGUUGAGUAUCGCUUCACUAUAGUCAAUCACCUUUCUGAGGCACAUGCCGUACAUAAAAAAGGAUGGGGCUGGUUUGAUAAGAACAAUAAGAAUCGCGGUAUUAGAGAUGUGGUUCCUGUAAGCAGACUUAUUCCCAUAAACGGUGGAUUCUUGUUGAAUGGGGAGAUUACGAUUACUGCUGAAGUAGAAGUUCUUGAAGUUAUUGACACAUUAAGUCGUACACCACUAAUUGAGGAGAUUAGUACUGAUCGUGGUGAACAGAGAGCUCAUGAUGAUUUGCAGAGCAAAGAUGAUACUAUUGAGGUCAACGGUUUUCAGGUUCUUGUUUCGCAGGUUGAUGAGGUGAAGGCACUCUUUGAGAAACAUCCAGAUCUCGCACAGGGUUUCAGUUUAAAGAAUCAACACAUCAAGAACGCUUACAUGAAUGCUCUGCUCGACCUAAUCAAGACACUGUGCAAAGCUUCUAAGGAGCUCUGCGUGAAAGACCUGAAGAAAGCAGACGAUACGCUCUCUGAUCUGAUAAAAGCAGGGUGGAAUUUGGAAUGGUUGCGUAAGAAGCUGGAUCAGGCUUUGGAAAAACAGAUAGAGUACGACACACGGAUCAGAGAACUGGAGAAACAGGUCAAGAAGCGAAAGCUGGCAUUGGCAGAGCUUGAAACCGACCUAGAGAAAGAGAAAGCUGCAGCUUCCGCUUCACUAAUGUUGUUGGAUUGA